GCCAAAAUGUCCAUGGGUUCGGGCUGCCUUCUGAGGAGCAUCCUUCCCAACAAGGCCUGGAGAUACCUCAUGGUCGGCCACCUCCAGCUGCCGGGAGCAGGGGCAAGGAAGAUGUCCAACGGGGCAAUCCGGCGGGGAGGGGGCGCCUUCUCCAAACGGGAGGAGGCUCUGGAAGAAAUGUACUUCAAGAAAAAGGAAAAGGAGUUGAUCGACACAAUGAAGACUCACCACGAGGAGGAGAUCGCAGCUCAGCAGAAGGAGAUCCAACGUCUGCAGGAGAACAUUAAGUGGCACGAGUCAAAGGUGGAGAACCUUGAAGACCAGAAGACCGAUGACACUGAGUGACUGCAUCAGAUGGAGCCGAGACUCUGGCUACUCGGUAUUGCACAAAGGCGGAUGUGUUCCUACAGUAAAUUGUAUCUUUUCA